UUUUGGUUAGAGCAUGAUUCCAUAUGUAUUAUUUUAUAGUUUUGAUGUAUUCACAUUUUUUUUACAAUGUAGAACGUAGGUGUGACUGGUACUGUACAUAUGCAUAAAUGAACACAUAUUUCUAUGAACUUGACCUACAUCUGUUGUUUGGGCAGAUUUUUUUAAAUAAUGGACUUUGGAAGAUUGGACGAUUCUUCUUGGCACUUACAACAAGACGUGGUUUGAUCGCAGAAGUGUAUGGUUGCCUAGCAACUUGGAACGCCGUGGGAAGACAGACAGACAGAGCGAGCAGGCGAUCUGAUAGUCUUUGUUUAGCAGUUUUGUUUUGUUUUUGUGCACGGAUUGUAUUCAUUGAUGGACUUGUCAUCUGCCAAUCCAACCGAUAAGCGGCCUGAUAUGUUAGCUAACGUCGGUAAUGUUACAGGUUGUUUUUGCUUUGAUACUUGGUCAAUGUGAAAUAGCUAGUUUAGCUACUGACUAUAUCAUGCUGAUUUGCUAUCUUGCUUCUGUGACCAGAUCAACAGGUUGAUGUUAGACUUUAUUAUUUUGAUCAGAUAGUAUGUCAGCUGGAUGAUGUCUGUCAUAGCUGCUAGUGAGAUUAAUUGUUUAGCUACAAAUGAACAGUAAUCUAAACUAUUGUAACGACAAUUAUUGUUUCUUGUCGCUAGCUUGCACAAUGCCUGAAAUGGAUUCAACAACUGAUGAUUGAUAUUGACAUUGGUAGCCAAUGAUGAUAUAGACUUUUGUAGCCAAUAUCAAGAGAUCAUUCUUAUAGACAAACAUUGGUGUCAGACUUUGCCUUGCUAACUUGUCACCAGUGCUUGCCUGAUAUCAGACAUACCAAGAAGACAGAGGCAAAAAUGGCUUCAGAGUCAGUGAAGGUAGUGGUCAGGUGUCGGCCGAUGAAUGAUAGGGAGCAAAUACUGAAUUGUAAGAUGGUAGUAUCAGUAGAGAUGAGUAGGUGUCAGUGUUUGAUCAAGAAGCCAGGGGCGAAGGAGGAGCCACCAAAACAAUUCACCUUUGAUGGAACCUACUUCAUUGGCCAAACCACUGAGCAGAUGUACAACGAGAUCGCCUACCCUUUGGUUGAGGGGGUGACUGAAGGGUACAAUGGAACAAUUUUUGCAUAUGGCCAGACUGGAAGUGGCAAGUCCUUCACCAUGCAGGGGGUAUCUGAGCCAGCAGCCCAGAGAGGGGUCAUCCCAAGGGCCUUUGAGCACAUCUUCGAGAGCAUUCAGUGUGCAGAAAAUACAAAGUUCCUGGUGAGGGCUUCCUACUUAGAGAUCUACAAUGAAGAAAUCCGAGACCUUUUGGGAAAUGACACCAAACAGAAAAUGGAGCUGAAGGAGCACCCAGAGCAUGGUGUAUAUGUGCGAGACCUCUCCUUGCACACUGUGCACAGCGUGGGGGAGUGUGAGCGCAUUAUGGUGCAGGGCUGGGGGAAUCGAUCUGUGGGCUACACCCUCAUGAACAAGGACUCCUCCCGCUCCCACUCCAUCUUUACCAUUCACAUGGAGAUCUGCAAUACAGAUUCAGCUGGCGAGGACCACCUGCGUGCGGGAAAACUGAACCUGGUGGACCUGGCAGGCAGUGAGAGGCAGUCUAAGACUGGUGCCACUGGGGAGCGGCUCCGUGAGGCCACCAAGAUCAAUCUGUCCCUGUCGGCUCUGGGCAACGUCAUCUCUGCCCUGGUGGAUGGCCGCUCCAAACACAUCCCCUACCGAGACUCCAAGCUGACCCGGCUGCUGCAGGACUCCCUGGGAGGGAACACUCGCACCCUGAUGGUGGCCUGCCUCUCGCCUGCAGACAACAACUAUGAGGAGAGCCUGAGCACCCUGCGCUACGCCAACAGGGCCAAGAACAUCCAGAACAGGCCCCGCAUCAAUGAGGACCCCAAGGAUGCCCUGCUCCGAGAGUAUCAGGAGGAAAUCAAGCAACUACGCGCCCUCAUCUCUGGCCAGUUGGGCAGUGGCGACCUGUCAUCGCUUCUGGCUGGCCAGUUGUCUGCGGGGCCCUCUGCUGGUCCAUCAAGGCCACAGUCCAGCAGUACUGAGGAGGAGAAGGAGAAGAUUAAAGAGGAGUACGAGGAGAAGCUGGCCAGGCUUCAGGCUGAGUAUAACGCUGAGCAGGAGUCCAAGGCCAAGCUACAGGAGGACAUAGCUGUUCUGCGCUCUUCAUAUGAGACCAAGCUGUCCAGUCUGGAGAAGUCUAGGGCCAGCAGAGGGCACUAUAUUACCACGGCUGAGUCAGAGAUCUCCAUUCUUAUGAAACAAGCUCUUGAGGAGGAGUCAUGCUGUGUCACUGCUGCCCCACAUGAGCAUGCUGAUUUGGAACCAGCCCUGGCCAAGGUGAGCCAGACACAGGCAUCUCGCCAGGUGACCAGUGUCCAGACAGGGUCUGAGGGGGAGGAGAAUGCAGACUCCCCUCCCAUUGGCACCCCAGGCCCUCUGGACCAGAAGCAUGUCCUCGAGAGGCUGCAGCAGUUGGAACAGGAAGUGGUGGGAGGGGAGCAGGCUCGGAACAAGGAGUUACAGCAGAGACACCGACAGAGGAAGACCCUGGCAGACCAGAGGAAGAAGCAGCUGAUUGAGGCCCUGGCAGAGAACCGUGAGGAGAGUGACAAUGUGAUGCUCAAUGUCUACGACUCCAUCCAGGAGGAGGUCCAUGCUAAGAGUCGACUCCUAGAGAACACCCAGGGCAAGCUGAAGGCGGCCAAGCUGGAGAUCCGGGACCUGCAGGCGGAGUUUGAGCUAGAGAGAAACGACUACCUGGCCACCGUCCGCAGGCUGGAGAGGGAGGGCCAUUUGCUGCAGGCACUGCUGGAGCGCAUGGCCCCUCUGGUCCGCCGUGACUGCAACUACAGCAACCUGGACCGCCUGCGGAAGGAGGCCACCUGGGAUGAAGACGGCGCCACCUGGAGGCUGCCUGAGGUGGUGGUGCAGAAAACGGCCCUGCCAUCCGCAGUAGCUCCUUCAGCUCAGAGGCUCUCUGUACGCAGGAGCUCAGUGGCUGACACAGGAGAGUCCUUUCAGGAUGACGAGGACCGAUAUAAGGAGAUGUUGAACCGCAGCGACAGCGAGAACUUCGCCAGCAACUACUUCAAGCCUAAGAGAGCCAACCAGCUGCUGGGCGGUGAGCCCCUGAAGGGACUGGCAGUUCACUCAGCACCCCAGGGGAACGGGACGCCUCACCUGACCUCCAGCGGCUCCAACAUCGGCCCCUCACUUAGCACUGAAUCCUUCCUCCCUCGCCCCUUCCGCCUCGAGUCACUGGGGAUCACCCCAUCCAAUGGCAAGGUGAAGAGGAAGAAAAGCAAAACGCACAUCCCCUAUGAGGGGAACUGAGAGAGCUGGGCUAGAGGGGCACUCUUCUGCAACCUCUCAAUUUUUACCUGCCACCCUUUUUGACUCCUAGAGAUCUCACUAUUUGUUGACUUGUUUAGGUAGAGUAUUUCAUUAAUCCACUGUGAUUGACCCUGUGGUGUUGGUGCACUAUUGAACUUUUGCUAACCAGCAAUAUAAUGUCACGUUUACAUGGACACUUGGUCUGGCAAUGUGAUGUUACUGGUGUGUUUGUUUUUUAGCACCUUUUUAAAUGUUAGCUAACAUUAUGCUACUACCUAAUGCCACACACCAUAGUGCUUGCACUGACUCUUAAUGCUGUGAUAUGAUGGUUUAUCCAACCCUGAAUGUGCUAUUUAUCACUCUUGUGGUUUUUGGAUGAACUGUUAAUACAAUAUAUUUUCUGUA